GUCUCUAAUGUGCUCAUCGAAAAAAAUCGGUCAAUUCCUCUCCCUGUCUAACGCGUCAAUGUUUCCUUCAAGCGAAGAGAGGACUGACUAAUCAGCAGCUCAUUCAACCUUCCAAAAUAUCUAGCAGUAGAAAUGGAAAACACAAAAACCCAAUCUUUUCUGCUUCUCUCUAAAAAGCUUCCUUUUUUAUACAUAUUUUCCUCUCUUCGCCUCAUUCUCCUCUCACCCUCUCUUUCAGCAGCUUCCAAUCCUGAGCUCCACCCACCAGAAGGUACGGCGGCGCGCCAUUUCAUUCCACAGAUCAACUGAUCUAUUUCACCGUCACGUGCGAUUGCUCUGCUGUAACGGCACCGUCUGCCACGUCACCGCCAUGGAUCUGAAGUAAUAACAGAACUACUACAAAGGAAGCAUUGCAUGAAUUUGCGAAGUUCCAAACCUCAAAAAUUCUGUAUCUCAGUCCUAAUUAUCUGAAUGGAGCAAUCCUGCAACAGUGGACAUCAAUGCAAUUGCUUGACUUUGGUAGUUCUAAUCUGUGUUUUGAGCCAAGCAGAGGGGAAGCUAAUCAACGUGGUUGACCGGUCAACAAAAACCAGUAGCUGCGAUCUGUUCCAAGGAAGUUGGGUUUAUGAUGAAUCUUACCCCCUCUAUGAUUCAUCUCAAUGCCCCUUCAUACAGAAGCAGUUUGAUUGUCUACACAACGGAAGGGCGGAUAAAAACUAUACCAAAUACAGAUGGCAACCCCAUGGCUGUAAUAUAUCCAGGUGUCGGGGCUUACGCUCCCAUAAUCCUGGAGUCUAUGAACUACUCUCCAAAGCCCCUAGAUAGUUAAGUCCAGAUCUGAUCACAGUCAGCCUCGUCAGUACUGGCUCCAAAGGACGAAUCUAGCAGGACUUACAUCACCUUUCAGGCUGCUCCUCCCACCACACGAACCCGCUACUUUCAUUACCAUCCUCUCCCUUCUCAGCCGCUGAGCAACUCCGUGAAGGUUAGAAAAAUCAUUGGGAGCAAGACCUCCCUCCUCUCCCCUAAAUGUGCCUAGCGAGAUUCGAACCCGAGACCUCCGCUAGGACACGGUAACCUUCCACCCAGUGAGCUGGAAUGGUUGGUUGAUACACCUGCUCCUCAUUUUAGUUGGUUGAUGUAGUAUUGAUUAAUUAAUUAAUUACGGAGUAAUAAAUACAACAAUGAGGUGUUCUUAAAGUUGGCCAGAUCAAAUUGCAUCUCCCAUUUAAAAAAAAUCAUUUUUAUUUCCAUGAAAUCAUUUCUAUUACAAAAAUCAUUUCUACUAACACAUUCAUUAUGUCUCAUGCUUGGUGUACGAGUAUGUGAACAUAAUUUCUUAUCCACUCGUUAUCUUCCAACUAAAUUUUAUGUACCACUCAAAGGUAUUUAAGCACCUUUAACACAGAACACAGAAGGAAAGAUCACAAGUGGAUAAGAUAAUCAAUGGUCAUAUACCAAAAAUGACAAAAUUAAAGAUGUAGAUAAAUCCUACAUUGAAGCUUUUUGCAAUACUAAGAACUCUUACCUUUGAGAAAAAACUAGAGUGGAUCUUCAUGGAUUUAAAAAUAUUAAAAGCCCGUUUAAUUAAGCAAAAACUAGAAAAACAUUUUUUCUAUUCAAGAAUUAAGCUUUUAAUUUUGCACAUAUAAUCAAAAUAAAUAAGAUUAUAGUUACUUUUAUAAUUCAAUUUAUUGAAGAGGAUAAUUUCAUUUUACUAAAAAAAAGUAUUUCUUGAUUUUAUUAAUAGGUUACAUUUUAGAUAUAUAUUCUUAAUUUAUCAAAAGAUUCCAGCAAUUCAACUCUUUUACCCAUGAUUUCAAUCAAUUUAAUCAAAUUUUUUUUUCUGAAAACAUUUAAUUAAUUACUUAGCUACAAAUGGACUGUAAAUUACGUGGUGGACACUCUAUGACUAUAAUAGCGUGUGUAGUACGGACUACGGAGUAGGUAUUUUAGAAAUAGGCAUUACUUUUUGGAAGUCUUUUUCAAAUGCCACCGGUAUAACAUAAACCGUGGUGUACAGAUAUAUCAGGGUUUUUGAGUAUUAGGAGACUAAUUUAAUUUUUUUCUUUUAUCACAUACUUGCAGUUAUACAAAAGAUACUUGUGGUUGUGCUUGUUUUCAGAUAGGGUCAUGUGUUUCACUCUUUAUCAAAGUGGUUCAUGUGUUUGAAUUUCGUUAUCACAAGAGGGACAUGCCUUUAAAAACGUCUGAAAAAGGCCGUUAAAAGUAACUCCGAUUUUCAAAAGUGCCCAAAAAAUUAAAAGAAAAAUACUGGAAGGUGCGGCUCAAUAAGAGGACCGCUAGGCCAUCUUUCUUUUUUGUUUUCAGUCACCCUUGUCACCGGAAAGUUCAUCGGAAAAGUGAUAUUAGCGAAAUCAUUUUUAAAAAAUAAUUUAAACUGAUCUGAAAAAUCAAAAGGCGAAGGUGGUUUGGAGGUUAUCUUGACGAGGCACACUUUUUCAGUAUUUUUCUUUUAUUUUUUCGGGCACUUUUGAAAAUCAGAGUGAUAACGGAAUUCAAACACAUGACCCUCUAGUGAUAACGGAAUUCAAACACAUGAACUACUUUGAUAAAGAAUGAAACACAUGACCCUAUCUGAAAACGAGCACAACCACAAGUACCUUUUUUGUACAACCACAAGUAUCUGAUAAAAGAAAAAAAUUGAAUUAGAAGAUAUGAAGCAGAGAUCGUGAUGUUCAUUGUUAGUCUCCUAAUACUAAGUAGAAUAUGUGAAAUGCUCACUAAAAGUACACUAAUGCGCAUUUAGCGAAAGCUAUGAUUUUUCGCUUAAAUUACAAAAAUCAAACCAAAAAAAAUUAGGCUAUUUUAGUGAAAUGAGAUGUCUUUCUUAAUUGGACCGGAUGGAUGUACACCCGGAUGUAGGAUAUAGGAACUCCACAAACCUCCUCCUACCGUGGGAUCCAAUACGGUUGUUUAUAAAAAAUUAAAAAUAUGUUGAUAGAGUAUAUCUAGAGAGAAGUGACAGCUAGAGAGAGAAGUGCAAUAAUAUGCUUCAAUAGAAUGAUUUCGUAACCCCUAUAACUACUCCCAAGGGGAGUAUUUAUAGAGAAAAUUAGGGCUGGGCUCCCAAGUCUUGGGCUUGGGAGGCCCAUCUACAACUGGACCGCUACUGGGCCGAAUUCAAAGCCACUAAUGGGCUGUACAAAUGAGUAAGUAUAAAAUCUGAUUCUGGGAGGUCUUCUUGGCCGACGAGGGCGCGGCCGACGAGGGCACGACCGACGAGGGCACGGCCGACGAGGGCACCCGGGUUCCUUGGGCUCAGGACCAUAAUCCGAGUUGGCCCCUUUUCGGCCGACGGGGGCGUCUUGGCCGACGAGGGCGCCACUCUGUUGUCUUGUGCUUUCUGUUCUUCCGAGUAUGUGGGUCCUGGGGCUCAGACCCAUAUACUCCAUCAGGAGUCCCCCACUCUCUAAGCUGAGACGUAGACGAAGCGAAGGAGAGUAGAUUCCUGUGCUUUGUUGUCCUUGGCCAAUGCGGGCAUCCCCGGGCCGUUAGCCGUUGCGGCGUUGGCGUUGUUUCCUCUUUGGUGAUCCUGUUCUGUGCUUUGGCCGUUACCUGUUCCUCGCUGUGGGCGGGGAGGCCGUUUGCUUCCUUGACGUGUUUGAGGAUGAUGACUGUCUUGUUUCAAUGUCGGCCGUUGAAGGCGCGCUUUCCCUUUCCUGGACGUUGGUGGUUGAAGUUCAUGUUUGGGCCGGUGAGGCCGUUGAGGUUGAUCCUUGCUUCGAGGACGAUGGCGUCCUUUCCUUUGGGUGGCCGAUGAGGGUGCUCGUGCACUCCUUUUGGCCGUUGUUGAUGAUGUCUAAGCCUCUGGCCGAUGUGUCCAUUGUGAUGCGUGGACGAUGUGGCCAUGCUUUGUGGUUGCAUUCAUGUUCUUUGCAUUGUUGCUUUUUGUUUCGUUGAGGCCGAUGUAGUCCCCCAGUCCCCCACUGCUUCAGGCCGAUGUAGUGUGAGGGGUGAAGGAGUUGCAUGAGUCCCUGGCCGAAGCGGUCUCUCCGUAGUCCCCCUGAAUCCAACCCUCAUGGUGAUUUUCUGGCCAAGGUAACCCUGUGGGAGAACCCUUGUGCGCAGAUCGCUUGUAGAGAGUUAUCAUCAAGGGUUAGUACGAGGAGCCGAUGGCUGUGGGCUUCUUUGUUCAUUUUGUUCUGUGGCCGUUAUGGGUGUUUGUUACGUUCCUGGCCGUUGCCGUCUCCUUAUUGUUUGGCAGUUGUGAUCUUGGCGAGCAAGUGGGACGUUGUGGGCGCUUGCUGGUACUUGUAAAGCCGACAAGUGUGUAGGCCGUUGGAGUCUGGUUUGCCAGUGGGUUGUUGAUGUGGGUUGGGCCUGGCCCGUUGGUGACGUGGUGGCCUCCCGUUGGUGGCCGUUGAUGUGGCCAUUGGGAGAGUGCCACGUGUAGUGACCGUUGGGUGGAGGGGUCUAUAAAUACCCCUUCCCCUCCGACGAGGAAUCACAUUUGCAUUCUGAAUUGUCGAAGUGCUGCCCAUUUUUCUAGAGAGAUAAACUCCCAAGCUUGUUCUUCGUGUUCGUCGUUGUUCAAGGUUAGUGUUCAUCAUGAUCUUCCUCACUUUUCAUAUUUUGCUUCCUAGACUAGUGAUCUAGUGUUAGGUGUUUGAACACCCUUAGAUCUUAAGUUAAAUCUCCUUAGGCCCGUAGUAGUAGUUAUGAAGAGCUUGAACGACGACUACUACCCCUACGACGACCAGCCCUCCACGAGGUCGCUUGACUACGAGGUGCUCGAGGAGUUUGAGGAGGAGAUAGAGCGUUUAAGUCCAUACAAAUCCGGAGAGCCAGUGGACGAGGAAGGCGAGGACGAGGAGUCCGCCUCCUCUUCAAAGGGUGAGGACGUAGGUGCGUCCCGAGUGGUGGACGGGGCGUCCACUUCUGCUGUCAUUCCGUGCCCGAGGCCGGUGUCUGCCGUGAAGGGAGCAGCUAAGCCGAAGAGAGUGAGGAGGCCGAAGAGUGGGCCGGGCACCUCCCAAUUGGAUCUCACCAACAUCUUCCUGAUCAAGCUGGAAAGCAGUGCGGCCAACUAUCUUGUUGCUCAGAUGUACGUGGGGCCGUUCGGGCGGGUUAGGGCACCCAGGCCGACGGAUCAUGUUCUUCUUCCGCCACCGGGAUACUUUGGAGUAUACCCGAUGAGUUUUGCUAAGGGGUUGAGGUUCCCCCUUCACCCUUUCAUUACUGAGUACCUGGACAUGGUAGGGCUUCCCCCGGCCCUGCUGACGCCGAACAGCUACUCCCUGAUGGUGGGGUUUUUGCUCCGGUGUGAGGAGUUGGGCUACAGGCCGACGACGGCACUAUUCAUGAAUCUGUACCAGAUCGGCCGAGGAAGUCACAAGAACUGUGCGGCCUAUGCUACUCUUCAGCAGCUGCCGAAGAAGAGGAGUUUCACGGAUUUGCCUACGUCCAUUCAUGGGUGGAAGAGCAAGUUCGUGUUUGUGUCCAUUGGUGAGAGUGGCACCGAGUUUCCCUCCCUCGGCCAUACCGGGAGGUUUAACCUGCACGACCCGCCGAAGAGCUCUAUUCUGGACGCUCAGGUGGAGGCUUUCUUGGAAGGGGGCCCGAGGAGCGUGAAGGAUUACAUUACUGAAUACAAGAUGGCCGCCCUCGGCUUCGUGAGGUACUAUGUCUAUGGUGACAAGGAGGAUGACCUCCAACUCUGGCCGAGGAUGACCACCACCUUCGAGGAGGCCGACGGCCCGGAUUUGGGCAUUCCUGCUGAGGCCGAUGAUUUUGCCAUGGACCGAUGUUCUAUGAUGGCUAUUGCCAAGGACAAAGCGGCCGAGGAGCUGGCUGCUAAGGCGGCCGAGGCGGCCAGACGUGCCGCGGCCGGUGGGAGCGGGGCUACUGCUGAUGCGGUCCCAAAGCUUGCUCCAUCGAAGAAGAAAAGGCCGGCCACUGACGGCCAGAAAAAGUUAACCGAGGCUGGCCUGAGCAUCUCGAAGAAGACGAAGAGGGCUCCUUCCCCUUCUCCGGCUACUGAGGCCGGUACUCUGACUGUCCCCAGCGUGGACGAUAGUGGUCCUGUCGUGGACCUUACUGCUGCUGGUGAUGCUGCUCCAUCACUGCCUCUCGUCCAGGAACCACGGACGAAGAGGGCCGGCAAGGAGAUUGCCGGUGCCACCUACCAGAAGGUGGUAGAAUACCCCGUCGGCGGGGGCGUGUUUAAUGAUCUCGUCCCUGGCCACGUCGUCCUGGCCCAGGCCAUGCCCGCCAAAGAUCGGGCUUACUUGAAGAAGCUCGGGGAAGCGAAGAUUUACGAGGGCGGCAUGGACCUCCUCGUCCAAAGUGCCUUUAUGCUUAUGGAAAGCCAUAAGAGGCAGUAUUGGGAGAUAGCUCGCUUGAAAGAGCUGGAGCAGAAGGCUGCCUCAGCCGAUGAGGCGGUAGCUUGCCUUGAUCGGCUCUGGGAGGAUGCCAAGGCGUUGCAGGCAAGGGCUGAAGAAGCCGCCGCAGCCAGGGACGAUGCCCUGGCCAAGCUCGAGGAAAGCAAAAGGGAACUCGAGGAGUCCCACAGGGCGCUUGAGGCCGAGAGGCGCAAGAGCGAGGAGGCCGUCAAGGCGAAGGCUGAGGCCGAGGCCGCUGUCGUGAGGGCUGCCGAUGAGGCCGUCGAGAAGUUCCUGACCGAGGGGUGGAAGGCCGAUGAGAGGCUCCCCUGGUGCUACGAGGUGGUGGCCGCCAGGCUUGAGAGUUGGGGGAUGAACUCCCCCGCCGGCCAGGAGUAUUUCAGCCGAGAGAUGUCUGUGUAUUAUAACCUGGGCCAGGAGCGGAAGCAAAGGCUCCUGUGUCGGCGGCUAUCCCGGGCGUUGAAGGCCAUGAAUUACACGUCUGGGUGGGCUAGACGGAACCUGAAGCUGCCGAAGCUGAUGAAGGAUCCAGAAGAGCAGGCCAAGCUUCCGCUGUCGGAGCGAGAGCCCCCAUAGAAAGCUCCGGCCUCGGCGAGCCGGACUACACUGAAUUCGACUUCCUGGACGAUGCCACUAGCGCUGCGGCCGCCGCCGAGGAGGGAGUUGACGAGGCCGAAGAGGCCGCCGAGGAGGGAGCCGACGAGGUUGAAGAGCCAGCCGCGGAUGAAGAUGCCUCGGAGGCUUGAUCAGCUAUUCCCUGUUGUAAUUAGCUUUUCAUUUUUUGCCAAAUGAUGUAACGGCCGAAGUGCCCCCAAUUGUAAUGAACUCACUAUCAAUUGAAGAAAUUUUUGAUGUCCUUUUCGGCUUUGAAUCCCUUGUAUGCUUGUUUGCUUUUUGUCGUUUGUUGAAAUUUUUUCUAAGUGUCAAGGUCACAACUGGGGUCACCUCGCGAGUGCACGCUACGUCCAUGGGGUAGUCCACCCUGUCCGGUGGCCUGGUCGGCUUGUUCGUCGUUGCUUAACUAUCAUAACACUUAGGAUUUUUUCCAAAAAUUUCCUAAGUGUUUUGGAUUCUUGUAGUUGCUUCCCUUCCGGCCUGGUGGCCUUGUCGGCCUAACCGGUGUUGAUGUAGUAUCAUAACACUUAGGAUUCUUUCGAAAAAUUUCCUAAGUGUUUUUGGGUUUUUACAGUUGCUUCCUUGUGGCAUGGUGGCCUUGUCGGCUUGACCGGUGGUCCUGGGCUACCAUAACACUUAGGAUUUGGGUCCACGAAGUUGCUUUCUUUCCGGCCUGGAGGCGUUGUCGGCCUGACCGGUGCUCCUUUGCUGUCAUCAUAACACUUAGGCUUUUAUCAAAAAUUUCCUAAGUGUUUUUGGGUUCACUUAGGUGCUUUCCUUUUACCCUUGAUCGUGGUGUCCGCUACGUCCAUGGGGUUUAGUCUCUCCCCAUUAUUGGCAAAUGGUUUGGGUGAUUUGCCAAGUGUUGAACCAGUGUCAUUGUCGGCCUGCAUUCCUGUGUUGUGGCCGAUAAGGGCACCUUCACCUUAGUCAUUUGGACUUUGAAUUUUUUUCAAGUACAUAUGCAAGGCGUAGGUAGCUAACGGCCUUGGAAUAUAUAUGUACCCGCUUCGUCCAGAGUUCUUCCACUUGAGUACUUAGAGAAUUUUCCAAGUGUAAAUGCUGGGCAUUUACUUCUUUGCGGUACCGCUGUCGGCCAAGGAGGUGGUCCUACCUUCGUCGGCCAGCCAUGGUUCCUUGUUGAGGAAUCCUCUUUUCUUUUUUCUCAGGAUUUUUUCUAAGUGUUUGGUAAACACUUGAACCAAUUCCCAGAGAACUUUCACUUGGCCAGCAGCCUUGGUUCCAGUGCCUGUAUCGGCUAUCCUGGCUGCUGUGGCCGGUAAGGAUUGUUUCCUGAUUGCUUGAUCCUUCCGCGGGUGUGUGCAGUGCCCGCUUCGUCCUGGUCAUCCUCAGGAUUGUGAUUCUUUGUUUCAUACCAAGCGUUGGUGCUUCAAAGGACUGUGGCCGAUGAAGGUCACCUCUUGCGUGUCACCCAACCGAUGCGGUUAGGGUUUUAUAGGCGUGUGUCGGUCUUGAUUAUUCCCUUGUAGUGUGUGGACGUGUCGUCCAUGUUGCCUGUCAGUGGUACUACACUUGUGUUCAAUUGAUAUGUACUUGGCCUAGUUGGGCCUGAGUUGUGGGGAUUUUAUUUUUUCAUUGCUCGAGGCCGGCAAGUGUGCGCGGCCGUCGGCUUCCCUCUUUUUCCCUUGUAUGUUUUUUUUUUCGUUUCGGGGGGUAUCCUUCUUUCAGGCUUCGGCCGAGGGGUGUGCUCGUCCUUCGGCCGGUUCGGACUUCGUUUAUAACGUCCGUGGUCUCAGGGCGGGUCCCGUCGCCUAUUUAUGACGCGGGCUAGACUUUUGGUCGGUUUCCAACGGCUGUCGUUGCCCAUCCCUGAGUUUUGGGAUUUUGUCACCUCGGCCAUGAUUUCAGGCCUGUCGUCCUGCGUUCUGGCGCGUGGACGAUGCGGUGAGCUUCCCGUUUCAAGACGUGGGCCGUUUGCGGGCCCCUCGUCCUGGGGACAUCGUCGGCCAUACCUGAGUGUUUCACUUCUAGGCUUACGGGGCCAGGACGAUGUGCUCUCUCAGCUAGGCCUGAGCCCUUUGCUGAUACAAAAUACAAUGGAGUGCCUGAGCUUGUCGCUUCGUAGGCUGCGAAUGCAAGGGGCCAUGUCGGCCAGACCUGAGCCUUUCGCUCUAAGGUGGCCGACGAGGGCACCUGCUAAUGUUUUACUUUGAAUUUCCAGAGAAAAAAUCAGAACAUGAUUUUAUUCAUAAGUGGCUCGAGGCCGAGGGUGGCGUUCAAUCAGUAACCCGUUAAGGGGUGAGGGCUUCGCCGUCUACACCUCCUUCGGAUUACUGAUAAAACUUCACCAGAUGGUGUACAUUCCAUGUUCGUGGUACAUUGGACCCAUUCGGGCGUUUAAGCUUGUAGGUGCCGGGUUUGACCACGGCACUGACGAUGUAGGGACCUUCGUACUUCAAUGCUAGCUUGCCACCCUCUGUCGGCUGGCUUGCUUCCCUCCGGCGGAGGACGUAGUCCCCCACCUGAAAUUCCCGGGAACGUACCUUGGCGUCAUAGUAUGAUUUUACUUGACGCCGGUAGUUCUCUGCUCGGACGUAAGCUUGUUCACGCCUCUCAUCAACCAGGUGUAGGUCAAUCUUCAUGUUCUCUUCGUUGGUGUCAGGCUCAUAUUGUUCCACCCGUCGGCUGGGGAUGGCAACUUCCGUAGGCGCCUUUGCUUCAAAGCCGUAGCACAGGGCGAAAGGCGUUUCACCUGUCGCCCUCCUCGGCGUGGUCCUGUAGCACCACAGGAUGUUGGGGAGCUCGUCGACCCAACUACCUCCUGCGGCCUGAAGUUUCUUCUUCAGCCCCUCCAUGAUUGUUCUGUUGGCGUUCUCGACCUGCCCAUUGCCCUGAGGGUAGGCAACGGAGGAGAAACGAUGCUUUACCCCAAACUCCCGGAGGAGUUCUUGAAAAGGGGCUGCCUCGAACUGGGUGCCGUUGUCUGAUAUAAUCUCCUGGGGGACGCCAAAGCGUGUGAUGAUGUUCUUGUAAACAAAUCUUUGGCAUCUGGCCCCCGUGAUGCUGGCCAAGGGUUCCGCCUCGACCCACUUGGUGAAGUAGUCGACGGCGACGAUGAUGUAGCGAUUAUUCCCGGCGGCUCUGGGCAGGGGGCCGACCAGGUUGAUCCCCCAUCUGGAGAAUGGAAUUGCGGUGCUGACGGGGGCGUAGUUAACAGCUGGCCGACCAGGGGCCUUCUGGAGCACCUGGCAUGUGGUGCACUUUCUGGCCAGAUCAGCGCAGUCGCGUGCCAUCGUCGGCCAGAAGAAGCCCUGGACGAAGAGACGCCGGGACAUGCUGAAAGGGCCCUGGUGUGAGGAACAGACGCCACAAUGAACUUCUUCCAUGGCUGUGUCGGCCUCGUCCUGGUGCAGGCACCGGAGGAGGGUGCCAUUAUAGGACCGUUUGUAGAGUUUGCCAUCUUCGAUGGUGUAGCUUGGGGCCCUGAGCUUGGCAAGUUUGGCCCUCUCCUCGUUCGGGGGCAGCUCCCCCGUUGUGAUGAAGGUGGCGAUGACGGAGAUCCAGUCCUCUGGUCGCUGUUGGACGCACAAGACGGGGCUGGCAUGGAUGCUGGACAUGCUCAACUCCUCGAUCUUGGCCAACUGGGAGAUGUGCUCCGGGGUGUCCGAGCUGAGCUUGGAGAGGAUGUCGGCUUCAGCGUUCUCGGCCCUUGGGAUCUGAGUGAUCUCGUGGGUUUCAAACGCUUUCAGCAAUUCCUCCGCUGCUUGUUUGUACUGCUUCAUCCGGCCUUCCUUUGCCUCGUACGAUCCCUCCACCUGGCCCACUACCAGUUUGGAGUCGCACUUGAUCUUGAGGUGCUUGGCCUUGAGGCCGGCGGCGAGUCUGAGACCGCUGAGGAGGGCCUCAUACUCGGCUUCGUUGUUGGAUACCCUGAAGUUGAAGCGGAUGACAUAGUAAGCUCUGAACCCUUCAGGGGAUAUGAGGACGACGCCGCCGCCGCAUGAUUUCGCGGCCGACGAGCCGUCAGUGAACAGGGUCCACGUGUCGUCCGGCUCCGGCCCGGGGUUGGCGACGACCGUCUCCCUUGCUGUGCAUUCAAUGACGAAGUCGGCCAAGGCUUGCCCUUUGAUGGAUGGCCUUGGCUUGAUCUCAAUUUGAAACUGGCUGAGGAAGAUCGCCCAUUUCACCAUCCUCGAGGAGCUUGUGGGGCUCCUCAUGAGUGCGCCAAGAGGCUGUUGGGUCAGCACAUGGACGGUGUGGGCUUGGAAAUAGUGCCCCAGCUUCUUCACUGUGUGGACGAUGGCCAGCACCGUCUUCUCAAUGGGGGAGUACCUGAGCUCGGCCUCCCUGAGUGUCUUGCUGAUGUAGAAGAUGGCCUUCUGCACCCCUUCGUCCUCACGGAUGAGCACGGAGCUGACGGCCGACGUGCUCACCCCUAAGUACAAGAAGAGGGUUUCGCCGGCUCUGGGCUUGGAGAGCACGGGCGGGGACGACAAGUACCUUUUCAAUUCGUCGAAUGCUUCCUGGCACUCCGUCGUCCACUUGAAGCUGUUGGCUUUUCGCAUGAUCUGAAAGAAGGGGAGUGCCCUCUCGGCGGACCUGGAGAGGAACCGGUUCAAGGCCGCCAGGCGCCCCGUCAGUCGAUGUACCUCCUUGACGUUGCGGGGCGGCUCCAUGUUGAUGAUGGCCUGCGUCUUCUCCGGGUUUAUCUCGAUGCCUCUCCGGCUGACCAUGUAGCCAAGGAACUUGCCGCCCUGGACGCCGAAGGCGCACUUCUUGGGGUUAAGGCGGAGCCUGAACUCUUUCAUGAUUUCAAAGAUCUCCCGGAGGUCGUCGGCGUGGGAGAUGGCCUGCCUACUCUUGACGAUAAUGUCGUCGACGUACGCCUCCAUCGUGCGGCCAAGGACCGCUCUGAAGAUUUUGGCAACCAUCCUAGUAUAGGUGGCGCCGGAGUUUUUGAGUCCGAAGUCCAUGACGAGGUAGAAAAAGAUUCCCUCCGGGGUCAUGAAUGCCGUCUUCUCGGCGUCAUCUUCAUGCAUGGAGAUUUGGUGGUACCCUCUGAAAGCGUCGAGGAACGACAUCAACUCGCACCCCGCCGUCUCGUCCACCAGCUGAUCAAUGUUGGGGAGAGGGAACGGGUCCAUGGGGCACGCCUUGUUCAGGUCAGUGUAGUCAACACACAUUCUGAACGUCGACGGUUUUUGUGCGAGGACGACGUUGGCCAACCAUGUCGGGUACUUCACCUCUUUGAUGUGUCUGAUUGAGAGGAGCAUGGCGACCUCCCCUUUGACGAAGUCCCGCCUGUCGGCGGACAAGUAGCGCCGCUUCUGUUUGACAGGCGCGGAGGCCGGAUCGACGGUCAGCCGGUGAGUGAUCACCUGGCGGCUGAUGCCUGGCAUAUCGUCCGGGCCCCACGCGAAGACAACGGCGUAUGACCGUAAGACGAGGAGGAUGGCGUCUCGUUGGUCCUGGGGGAGUUGCUUUCCGACCCUGAGAACCCGCUCCGGCCGGGAGGUAUCUAGAGGGAUUUCCUCGACCUCCUCGGUCGGCUCCGCAUGUGGCCUCUCCUCGUCCAUGGCGACGGCGGCCGUAAUGGUGUCUAUCCUCUGUCCUUCCCUUUCGGCUGGCCUCGUUAGCUUGAGGUAGCAAGCUCUGGCUAUCCUCUGAUUUUCUCUGGUGUAGCCGAUGCCGUCAUUGGUGGGGAACUUCAAACAUAAGUGCUUCAUGGAGAUGAUGGCCUCCAAGUCCUCCAGCGCUGGCCGGCCCAGGAUCAGGUUGUGGGCGCACUGGAGGUUGACCACCAUGAACUCCAUGUCAAUUUUGGCGUGGUGGGGGCCGUCACCGACUUCCACGGGGAGGACCAUCGUGCCCUCGGCGUCGAUAGAGUCCCCGGUGAAGCCGGAUAACGGGGUCUUGAUCGGCUUCAGCAAAGCUCUGUCCAGCUUCAGCUGCUUGAAGGUGUCCAGGUACAUCACGUUGACGGAACUCCCCGUAUCGAUGUAAGUACGGUGGAUGAUGGAGUCACCGAUCUCACAUCGGAUGACGAGGGCGUCCCUGUGUGACUCCGUACCUGGAGGCAGAUCCUUGUCGGUGAAGGUGAUCGCCUCCGUUCGCUGCUUCUUCGGCCGGGGGGGGGAACGUGGGACACCUCCCCAAUGUAAAGGGAUUGGGCCCAUUUCUUUCUCUGAGUGGCGGAGUCCCCCCCAGUGUUCCCACCUACGAUGAGGUGGAUGUGAUUCUUCUUCGGCGGUGGCUACUCGAAGUCCUCGUCGUCGCUGAGUCUGCCAAUCUCCCGCUUCUUCGCAGAGGGUUCGCCCCCAUGUUUGCCGGUGUUUACCCAAGUGUUCUUGCGUGGGCCACCUUUGACAAACUGGGAGAGUUCCCCCUGGCGAAUAAGGCGCUCGAUGGCCUUCUUCAAUGUGAUGCAAUCGUCGGUGUUGUGCGACGAGUUCUUGUGGAACCGGCAGUAUGUGCCGCCCUGCUGGAUGGCAAGGAUCUCCUCGGCCGGCCGAGGAGCCUGCUCGAUGAGGACGUGCUUCUCGGCAUAAUCGAGGAUGGUGCCGACCGGGUGGGUGAGGGUUACCCCCGGCCGUUCCAGCCUCGGCCGCCAGUGGCGGUCUUUCUUACUCUGUCCACCAGAGCCGUGGCGGCCCUGGGCACCCUGGCCGGCCGGGGACGGACCCGGGGCCGGCGAAGGAUUUGUCUUCUUGGGGGGAUGGCCCCCCUCUCUCUUGUGAUUUCGGAGCUCGUCGGCGUCGGCAUACAAGCCUCCGCGUUGGAGCGCCUUGGCGUACGACCUCGGGGGGUCAGUGAUGAGGCUCCUGGCGUACGGGGAGCUGUGGAGGGCUCCCUGGUACAAGGCGAGGAGGGUGCGCUCAUCGGCCCCCUCAACCUCCUCGGUCUCCCUCGUCCACCGAUCGAUGAAUGACCGGAGGGACUCCUCGUGCUGCUGCUUGACGGAGAGGAGGUGGGUGAAAUACUUCUUGGCGCGCUUCCUCCCGGCAAAGUGAGUGAGGAAGCGCUGGGCGAGAUCCUGCCAUGAGUCAAUGCUUCCUUCUGGCAGUCCGUUGAACCACUCGUACGCUGGCCCCUCGAGAGUAGAGAGGAACCACCGGGAGAGGUAUUCGUCGGACGCGUUCACCAUCAGCAUGUUGUUUUGAUAACGACUGAAGUGCUCCUGGGGGUCUGAUCGGCCAUCGUAGGACUUGAUGGCGUUCCCCCUGUACUUCUCAGGGAUGGGGGCCGAGAGGACCCUGUUGGUGAAAGGGGUCCUCGUCCUGACCUGGAUGAUGGGGUCACCCCGCCCUUCGGCCAGCUCCCUCUCCAGGGCGCUAACUUUGUUCAUGAGCGCGUUGAGGACGGGGUCGUUGGAGGCGCCGGCCGUAGGGAUGUUGGCCGACUGCUUGGCCUCCAUCUGAGCCAGCCUCCUCUCCAGCUGGGCGAUGACCUCGUCCCGGGGGUCCCUAUCGGCCGCAGCGGCGCCCGGCUGGUUCCUCAGGCGCUCGUUGUGGGCCGCGUUGAUCUGGUGACGCACGUCAUCCUCGUGCAACUUCCCCUUGCCCUUGUCCGGGCGGGGCUGGUCCGCUGUCCCGGACACAGACCCCAAACUUUCCCUUGGCGAGCCUGGACGAAGAUCACCAAUCCGUCCCGCCAUCCUCUCCGAAACCGGACGACGGCGCGUGUCACCUAGCCUAUUGAAGGCAUUGGCUUUUCCACGCGCUGGGGUCUGCCCGGGCCGAAGAGGGGAAGCAGGGUGGGAGUGGGACGACACCGUGUCCUGGGCCACAACCCCCUCAUUGUUGCCUAUCUGGACGGCCAACGGUUGGGGAUGAGGAGGUGGAGUGACGUUUCCCCCGGUCCUUGGCAAGAGUGCGCUGAGGACGAUGGGGUUCUGAGCUAGGCUGGCGAUGAUGACCGACAGCGCGGCCUGGACCUGUGGAUCCACGGACGGAGAGGCCGCGGCCAUAGGCUGGGCCGGGGCGUGAUCCGUCUUUUCAGCUCGCUUCUUGUCCAAGCCGAGGCGGGCAUCAGGGGCGCCGCCGUUGAGUUGGUUGCGGAGGUCCGUCGUGAGGUUGAAGGCCUCCUGGAAGAGGUCCCCUCCGCCGACCUGGUCGGCCGUGGCGUCCUCAUCGUGCUCCCUGGGCUCUUGGUCCUCAGGGAUGGCUUUGCUGACGAGGUUGCGGUUUGACUUAGUUCUCCCCAUGAUCAGUGGUUAGCUGUGCUUGGUAGCGACGAAGGGUGCUAACUUGAUUGUUCUAGCUCUCAACGAGAGCACCAAAUGACAGAGUAUAUCUAGAGAGAAGUGAGAGCUAGAGAGAGAAGUGCAAUAAUAUGCUUCAAUAGAAUGAUUUUGUAACCCCUAUAACUACUCCCAAGGGGAGUAUUUAUAGAGAAAAUUAGGGCUGGGCUCCCAAGUCUUGGGCUUGGGAGGCCCAUCUACAACUGGACCGCUACUGGGCCGAAUUCAAAGCCACUAAUGGGCUGUACAAAUGAGUAAGUAUAAAAUCUGAUUCUGGGAGGUCUUCUUGGCCGACGAGGGCGCGGCCGACGAGGGCACGGCCGACGAGGGCACGGCCGACGAGGGCACCCGGGUUCCUUGGGCUCAGGACCAUAAUCCGAGUUGGUCCCUUUUCGACCGACGGGGGCGUCUUGGCCGACGAGGGCGCCACUCUAUUGUCUUGUGCUUUCUGUUCUUCCGAGUAUGUGGGUCCUGGGGCUCAGACUCAUAUACUCCAUCAUAUGUAUAUUAAAAAUACGAUGAAAGUUAUUACUAGUAUAUUGUCAUAAUCACGUAAAUAAAAAAUUUAAAGAUACAUUAUUAUUAUUAUUAAAGUUAUCACUCUAAUCAUUACACUUAAAAACAUGUAUUUUAGUUAUGUAUUCCGUAUUUGUAAUUAUUCCAAUUUUUAAAGUACCAAUAACUUUAUACUACCUCCGCCCAUUAAAACUUUGUGAAGUUUGACCGACACGAAGAAUAUCAAAGUAAAAAUUGUGUAGUUGAGAUUUUUGCAAAGGAGUGAGAAAUAACAGGAACUACAACAUAAUACGUAGUUGAUCAAAAGGGAAAGUUACAAUUUUUUUUGGAUCAUCUAAAAAAGAAAGAUGACAAAACUUUAAGGGACGGAUGAUGUAUAAAAAAAGUACCAAUUACUUUAUAGACAUAACAUUGUAAAAUUGUAAUAAAAUCUGACGUUACUCAAAAUUGUAAAUAUUACUCCGUAAAUAAUACUCCGUAUGAUAUAAUGAUAAAAUACUAAAGAAAACACAUACACACAUUAAACUCUUUUCUUAAGAAAGUGAAUUAGAACAACCAGGUUGAAAACUCAUGACGGGAUAGGUACUCGUAAAAGCAUUAUGCCAGGACUAAGUGACGCCUAAAUAUGGGAGAAACUCAAAAAUGACACUAAAGUUUUUUACGAAGUUUCGAAUUAGACAUUAAACUUUCAAGUAGACCAAAUAAACUCAUAAUCAACUUAUUUGGACUCUAUUUGGCCACCCACUUAAAACUCCGUUAAACCCACCGUUAACGGUCCAUACCCCUGUUGUCAAUCCUUUACGUGCUUAGUCAACUCCUCCCACAUCUCUAUUUCACUUCCCCAUCGUCAAACAAACCUCUCUUCUACGCAUAUGGCCUGUCUCCAAACCUUUGUUAUCCUCCCUCUAUCUUCAUUUUCAAUUGACAUCUCGACUCUGUACCUGUUGAGCCCUCCAAGUGGUCCCAGCCUCACCUUCUCCAUCCACCCUCGUCGCACCCUUCUCUGCCCACAGAUGCUUUCAUGGAAUAAUCUUAAAUCGGAGCCCAAGACAGAAAGUGUGUCGGCAUUUCAUUCUUCUAUUACGCUAUAUUCAAUAUAUUUUCCUCCAAAAUGAAUGAAAGUCAUAGCUUGACCAUCAGUUCACAUAUAUUGUUGUUUCAAAACGUGGGCGGAGAAAAAUUACCAGAAGGAUGAACUUCCCAAUCUAAGCCAACCAAGUGGAAUUAGAUCACAAAGGAGAAGGAAUUUGGGCAGUCAAUUGCUCCUCUGCUACUGUUUUCAUUGCUCUAUCCAAUUACAGUGCAAGUUGUGGGUCUUGUAGAGUUGUAGGUCCACCGGCAUAGUCAAAACUCGGGUUUGGGGGAAUAUAUAGGGAGAAGGUAUAUGCGUGGGAUUUGGGUUUUCAGAAGUUGGCUGCUAUGGGUCUGAAUCGUUUGAUGAAGUCCAGUGUUCUACCGGAGAAGAAAUGAGAGCUAGGGCUAAUUUAGGUUUUGGGCGAAGAUGAAUGGUAAGUUGAUAGUUGACGAGAACUGCAGUUAAUUUAAGUGUGACGGAAGGAGUGUCCUAAUAUGACAUAAAAACGUAUAACUUGUGUUUAUUUGGUCUACUUAAAAGUUUAAUGUCAAAUCCGAACUUUGUAAAUAACUUUAUUGUCAUUUUUGAGCCUUUCUCCCCUAAAUAACAAAAAGUUGUGGAGCGGAGAUUUAGGACAAUUAUGUAUAUGAUUAGAAUUUUUUCUUACGGUACAAGUCAAGCUCAUUCAAUUAUAAAAAAAUAAUGUUCACCUAUACGAUCUUACUCAAAGUGUAUAACUCUACGGCUCUACACACAUUUUGCAUCCUUGUUUAUCCGAUAAUAAUGAACAAGAACAAGCUUCCUACUUUUUGGAAUGGUUUGGAGACAAGAAGUAAUGCUUUCGUCUUUUCCUAUUUGUGGGAGAGCUCUUUUCAAGAAAAUACCUCCAUGUUUAGGUGUUGGAAUGAAGUGUCAAUGAAUUUGUAUGAACUUUUUAAAUUAACCACUACUUCCGUCUUAAAAAGGUUUGUCAUAUUGACUUUCUUGGUCAAUGAUGACAAACUUUAGACAAUGAUUUUAAUUAUUAUAUUUAUAUAUAAUUUAUAAACUUUAUACUUUUAUGAAAAUAUUUCGAAUAAGGAACAUUUUGACAUAACUUUCAUAUUCAAAAUAAUUCCGUAUUAAAAAAUAUAAUUGGUAAAGUUGAUUGACAUUGAUCGAGAAAAGUCAAUUUGGUGACUCUUUUCGGGACGGAAGCAGUAUAAUUUAGCAACUCUAAGUGGAUUAUUUUUUGUUUUACAUAAUAUUUAUUCCAAUCCUUCCAAUAUUCUCUGAUCUCUUCUCUUUUAAUAAUGAUAUAUAACUUCACUCUGGACUUUUCGAAUGAACUUUUUAUAACUUUGUAAAACCAUAAGAUGAGUUAAUAAUUCUAAACAAAACUAAUUAUUCACAUGUUCAUGGAGCUCUGAAUGACUCUGAAAGUAAUUUUUAAGUAUUUUGCUAAAACGCAUAAAUCUAUUUUCGGAGAGAUUAAAAGAAUAUGCAAUCCUUAGUUUUAUUAUGGAAUAUUGCAGGUUUGAUGGUAAAGAAUUCAUGAUGAGAUUAAAGGGCAAGAAGGUGAUGUUUGUAGGAGAUUCACUAUCCAACAAUCAGUGGCAGUCUCUGACAUGUCUGCUCCAUGUAGCUAACCCAAACUCUAACUAUACAUUACAAAGAGCUGGAGAGAUCUCUAAUUUCACAUUCCAAGUAUACAAUGUUUCUAUCUUGUAUCACCGGCGUAUGUAUGUUGUGGAUCUUGACAAUAGAACAUUGAAGGUAGACUCCAUAAGUGAAAAUGUAUGGUGGAAGCAGAUGGAUGUGCUCAUCUUCGACACCUGGCAUUGGUGGUUUCAUAUUGGGAGGAAACAAGCAUGGGAUUUUGUGCAAGAGGGAAAUAUUACAUACAAAGAUGCAAAUCGAUUAGUUCUAUAUUCAAAAGCACUUAAGACUUGGGCAAAAUGGGUUGAAUCAGAGGUAGACACAACAAAGACUAAAGUAUUCUUCCAGGGAGUAUCUCCCGACCAUUGGAUGGAUAAUGCUGGGGGAUCCAAAGCAAGGACCUGUGAAGGAGCAAUCAAACCAAGCAAUGCUGAGAGAAGGGGACAUCCAGGAGAGGAGGUGCUGAAGGAGGUUCUGAAAAACAUGUCGAAACCAGUGUACCUGCUGGACAUUACGAGGAUGUCGCAAUACCGACCGGACGGCCACCCUUCCGUUUACGGUGUCGGGGGACACCUCAGCCCUGAUUGCACUCACUGGUGUCUUCCCGGUGUCCCGGAUUCUUGGAAUCAGCUCUUGUACACUUUCACCACUGCCCAGUCUCAUAUUAUUAACAGCAUUUCAUCUGCCCCUUUUCCCUUUUCUGCAUUAUUCUUCACUGCUGCUUCAUCUGUACUACUAUUCUUUUUAUUAUUUUUCUGGUUAUGAGAAUCCGCACUGUUCUAUCCACUCAACAAACUGGCAUAUAGAAUUAAUAUAAAUCAAAAUUUUAUAGAUUCAA